UAUUUUGUGGGGGUAAAAACUAAAAAGAAAUCUUCCUUCUUGCUUUAACCUAUCAAUUUUCAGUUAUAUUGAAGUUGGACCUUGGCAGGAAGAAAGUCCUCGAAAAAGGGUUGCGACUAGUGAGCACAGGAAGUAGACGGUCUGUGGAGAAAGAGAGAGAGAUGGGUGGGGAAGCGGGAGAUGAAGGAGUAAUGGCCACGGAUUUCUUCUGGUCAUACACAGACGAGCCUCACGCUUCGAGAAGACGGCAGAUUCUGUCUCAAUACCCACAGAUCAAAGAGCUCUUCGGGCCCGAUCCUUGGGCCUUUCCCAAGAUUACUGUGGUUGUUUUGCUUCAGCUAUGGACUGCAACUUCCCUCUGCAAUGCUGGCUGGUUAAAAAUUCUAAUAGUUGCCUACUUUUUUGGCUCUUUUCUAAAUCACAAUCUCUUCUUAGCCAUUCAUGAGCUCAGUCACAACCUCGCAUUCUCCACUCCGGUCUACAAUCGCUGGCUAGGAAUCUUUGCUAACCUCCCUGUAGGCGUUCCCAUGUCGAUUACCUUCCAAAAGUACCAUUUGGAACACCACCGCUUUCAGGGUGUGGAUGGCAUUGACAUGGACAUUCCCAGCCAAGCUGAAGCCCAUCUUGUUACAAACAUCUUCACCAAGUCCUUAUGGGUCAUCCUCCAGCUCUUUUUUUAUGCGCUGCGCCCCAUCUUUCUCAAUGCAAAACCUCCUGGUAUGUGGGAGUUCACCAACUUGGUCACCCAGCUUGCUCUUGAUGCUGUUAUGGUCUACUUCUGGGGUUGGAAGUCUCUUGGUUACAUGAUCCUCUCUACAUUUGUUGGAGGGGGGAUGCACCCAAUGGCAGGGCACUUCAUUUCAGAGCACUAUGUCUUCAAGCCUGAUCAGGAGACUUACUCCUAUUAUGGGCCUCUGAACCUGCUUACUUGGAGCGUUGGGUACCACAAUGAACACCACGAUUUCCCAAGGAUUCCUGGGAGUAAGCUCCACAAGGUGAAGGAGAUUGCACCAGAAUACUAUCAAGGUCUCAACUCGUACAGAUCUUGGAGCCAGGUAAUUUACAUGUACAUCAUGGACCGGACUGUGGGACCAUUUAGCAGGAUGAAGAGAAAGGCGUCCAAAAAAGAUUUUGCAGUCAAGAAAGAUAACUAGUUGCUGCCGUUGUUGAUCUUUUACUUAUUCUUUUUUUUUGGUUUUAAUUUAUCCCCUUGUCUUGUGGGGGUUGUUCUUACCAAAAUUCUUUUUGGCUUGUACCCUUGUACUAUUAUUUAGGGGUCUGUAAUUUGUUUCUUUUUUUUACCCUUUAGAUUGAGGAAUAUUUCAUCCAUUAAGUGAACUUUUAUAUGCCAUUGAAGUGAGGUCAGGCAUCUUACUUUAUCUU